AUGGUUGAUAAGGAAUUGGCUAUGAAAUUAGCAAAACGAUUUAAUAAAUUGAGUUUUGAUAUGGAUGAUCGUACUAAUGGAAUGCAGCAAACUAUUAUCCCAGAACAAUUAUCACCACCACCACCACCACCACCACCACCACCACCGCCACCACCGCCAUCAUCCGAAAAACAGGAAAUACCACCAUUUCGAGCAAUACCGGAGAAUGAAUGGGCUGAUAUGGAUAAGCUUAUCGAACAAACACUUAACAAUUUGGAAGUUAUUUCACGUAAAACACCAAAUACUGCUCUAAGCUCGUUGGAUUAUGCGCCAGAGCCAUUCAAGAAAUCCCAAUUAUCAAUGAAUACCACCGAUACUCUUCGUCAUGUGCAAAUGGUUAAUCAUUUUGAUAAUAACAAAAACAGCGAUUCAUCCCCGUUAUCACCAAAAUGCGUUGCUCCAACUGUUCCCAUUAUUCAUCACAAAAAGAGUUCUCAAGAAACAAAAAAAUUUGGUGAUAAUGAUUUGAUCGUUCUUCAAAAGGAAAGAAACGAAUUGGAAGCAAAAUUGGCAAAACAACGACAAAAAAAAUCAAUUAUGGAAGAUGCGGAAAUUACUACAACUCCGAUUGCUCGCAUUGAUACUGAUACAAUUAAUGAAACAAGAAUUGCUUCAGAAAUUGAUAAAUCUCAGGUUACGGCAUCUAUCAAACAAUUACCACCACAAGUUUUACCAAAGACUACUUCCAUUGAUUUAAAUUUAAUCGAAUCACAAUCACAAUCACAAUCGAUAGAUAUCCGAAAGCCACCACCAGUUUCAAAAAAACCUACUUCAUCCGUAAGUGAUAUUUAA